GUAUUCGGCAAGCAGGUAAGAGUCGAUUAACCUUGCUGCGUUUCGUUUAAUGGAUGGUUUUCCGGGUGUGAUUAUGGGAUGAACUAGCGUUUGGGUUAUUGAAAUAAAUAGAACAGACUCCCCUACCCUGCAAUCGACCAAAAAUCGAGCUUAAUAAUGUGUUUCUAUAUGUGAAAUUGUUACGUAGCGAGUAGAUUGUUAUUGUUCUUCUUUUUGGUGCAGUUUCAUGGAUAUGAUGGACGCCAGCGAUUUCUGGGAUGUAAUGGACACCAAUGAACUUACCAGAGAGGAGAUUGUGUUGGUGACAAGCUACCUUGUUGCUUACUGGAGGAAACAUGGAUCUGGAUCUAAAAUAAUGGCUGAUACUUUUGUCAGUCAAGCAAAAAUUGAGGAAGUAAAAGAGCUGAAGUAUCAUGAUGUGUAUAUGAAAUGUAGUAAUCGUAUGGAUUAUUGGACCUUUUACUUUCAUGAAAAGCUAAUGCUUGAGAGACUCAAAGUAGACCCUUUAAAGCUGGAGAUGGAGGGACUCAAACUAGAGACUUCUCAGGGUACACAAACAAAUUUAAAUCCGCACCCCUUGAAUGUUGAUCAAGAUGUGGCUGUGUUACCCUUUCCAAAAAUAAGUACAUUAUGCAAGUUGAGCGAAUACACUCUUGAGUACACCAUGAGAAAUUUCAUUAUUUGCCAUGUAGCCGAGGCUUUUGUCCAAAAUGGAGACAACCCUAUGCUUGAUCCAGAAAGGGUAAAAAGGGUGAUCGAAACUGCGGAAAUCUGGACAAGAAAAAAUAGGAGUGAAGUGAAAUUUUAAAAUGGCAAGUUCAUGUUAUUCUUGUUCUAUCUUUGUGAAGUAUAGAAUUCUUUCAACUCCUUGUGGUUUUCCGAUACUAGUUUGUUUGAAAUUGUUGUGUUCUCUUUUUAAAUGUUGUUCAAGAUUUCAGAGUGUGUUGUUAUUUCUUGCA